CCGGAAGUGUUUCCUGUUCAAUGCUUGAAAUAAGAUAACAAUGGAAAAGUCAUGUUAAAAACGAUAUAAGGAAUUAACGACGACCAACGAUUUCACAUAUUUUGGCCAUGGAGAUUCCAAGCUACAUGUCUAAGCUGCUCUGUGAACUAAAUGAACAGCGCAAGCGGGAUUUCUUCUGUGACUGCAGCAUCAUUGUGGAGGGUCAAGUCUUCAAGGCACACAGGAACAUACUGUUUGCAGGGAGCGGCUAUUUCCGUGCCUUACUGGUCCACUAUCUGCAGGACAGUGGCCAACGACACAGCACAGCCUCAUUGGAUAUUGUCACUGCAACAGCCUUCUCGCUCAUCUUGGACUUUCUGUACUCUGGCCGACUGGAUUUGUGCAGUGACAAUGUUAUUGAGGUGAUGUCAGCUGCCAGCUAUCUUCAGAUGACUGAUGUGGUGAACUUCUGCAAGAGUUACAUUCACGAUUCACUGGAGAUCUGCUCUCGAGGGAAGGAGCAGGAGACGCAAACAAGAGGAGAAAGGGAGAAGGAGGCCCAGGGGCCGGCAGACAGCAGGACACCAGCUGAGGGGCCCAGCAUAACUGUGUCUCCCACCUCUCAAGACGGAAGGACAGUAACACAACCCAUCACUCAGUGUUCUCACAACACUCCCCCCAACACUACCAUAUCUGCUGCCUUAAGUAGCAGACAUUCCGAGGAGAGCGAGAGCUCACGGGGGCAGGCCAGUACUGCUAUCUCUGUAGAUCCCCCUGUUAAGAGAGACCCAGAGAUCCCAGCGGGCUGCUCUUCAGGGAACUUGCUGUUUGGAUUUGUGCAUCCCAAGAUAGAGUUCGACCCAGAUGAGGAGAACGAGGAGUCCCCACAAUCUAAAGAAGCAGGCCACUUUUCCAGGUCCACUCAUUUCGACAGCCGCACACUAGCAGCAAGCCUGUCCGCUAGUGCUGAAGCAACUGCCCAGGAGUACGACAGUUAUCAGGCCAAGAUGAUGCAGUACUAUAGUCCAGGCAUAGGAGGGGGUGCAGUGGCUGGGCGUGGGGAUGAAGGCAUGGGCCUUGGAAGCUCAGCCAGUAUGGAGAUCCACAGUGACUGGUUUGGGGAGGAUGCAGGGGAUGGUCUGGUGGUGUCAGUGAAGCUCCAUAAAUGCCCGUACUGCCCCUACACUUCCAAGCAGAGGGGCAUCCUGAAGCGACACAUACGGUGCCACACAGGAGAACGCCCGUACCCUUGCCAUACAUGUGGCAAGCGUUUCACACGCCAGGAACAUCUUCGCAGUCAUGCCCUCAGUGUGCAUCGCACAAACUGGCCUGUAGUGUGUAAGGGCUGCCGGCGUGUCUUCACGGAUGGCGUCUCUCACAGUCUGAAACGCUCUGGCUUAUGUGAAGGCUGUACCUGUGUCACCACCACACAACAGGACCCAGGUUCCACAAAUCCCAGCAGCCAGUCGGAGGGCUCGGACCGUAGCAACACAGAACCUGACUGGCCAGUCUUCAUGGAUGAUGGUAAUGAGGCAGAAGGAGGGAACUGAUGAGAGCCACCCAAGCCCUUCCUGUUGCGGAAUGUGGAAUGUUGGGAUGCUAAUGAAAUGCGUCAGCCAAAUCUAAUGU